AUGUUUUCGAGGAGUUCACAGGUUGUUGUAGCAUGUGUGGCGUCUAGAUUCGGCGCAGCGGUUUUUUUCCCGCUUCUCCAGCAACAAUUGGAUCGUUCUGUCGAAUUUUCUACACCGGUGACUUCUUAUCGAAGUUUGCAAGAAGGUGUGUUUUUGGCGCAACGAGAGUUGCCGGUUUAUGAUGGAGGUGUGGUCCAUCAGGCUCCGCUGUUGGUGGCGGCUAUGGCAUGGGUUUCGGGUGAAACGCUGCGUGCACUGGCGUAUGCGUGUGUCGAUGCGAUGAUCGCGCAUCAACUGAUGGUCGCAGCACGAGUACUGCGCAAGCGAGCUGGUGGAGUCAGCGCAGCCGGAAUACCGGCUAACGCGGCGCUGCCUCAGCCAUGGAUCGUUGGCGCGUUGUACGUCCUGAACCCGCUCGUUCUUUUAUCCACUCUAUCACGAUCCACACUCGUGUUCACACACCUCGCAGUGGCUACUGCGGCAGUCGCCGCGGUGCAAGGACGUUCCGCAUGGGCCGGCGCAGGCGUCGCUGCUGCCGCGUACCUAUCGUUAUACCCACUUUUAUUGGUUGUCCCCAUAGCGGCCAUAUUGCCCAACAAACGUUGUGCAACGGUGUGUACCGCCGCGUGCAUUGCCACGCUGCUUCUCUUACUUGUGUCCAGCUACAGAGUCUCCCACGACAGCUGGCAAUACGUUUACUCCACGUACGGUGUCGUUGCGACGUUUGGCAAACUAGUACCCAAUUUGGGCCUAUGGUGGUACUUUUUCGUUGAACUCUUUGAAAUGUUCGUGCCCUUUUUCAAAGCCGUUUUCAACCUGUUUGUUGUUGCAUGCAUCCUACCCUUUUCACUGCGAUUCUACAAACAGCCCUUCUAUGCAUUCGUCUUAUGCAUUGCGUGGAUAGCAUUGACCAAACCUUAUCCGACGCUUGGUGACGCCGGAUUCGUACUCAGCUUCUUGCCGUUUUUCCAACCGUUGUUCGGGUAUUUCCGGUACUCGGUUGUCACUGCGCUGUUACUCGUACACGCCAUCGUGCUUUCGCCCAUCUUCUACCACCUGUGGGUGGAUUUGGGUUCCGGUAACAGUAAUUUCUUCUAUGCGAUUUCUCUCGUGUACGCGCUUGCCCUGGCGUCGAUGCUCGUCGACUUAGUAUGGGCCAUGUUGAGAACCGAAUACGAUGCCGGUAAACCCAACCUCACGCUCAAAAUGACUCCCGUGUGA